CCGGCCACCCGCUCGCGCUUAGGGCUGCGCCGCCGGCCGGCUCUGGCAGAGCAGCGCCGCCGGCUCCGCAGCUGCCCCGCUCCGGCCCAGGCUCUGAGUUGCUGUAGGAGGAGUUUGUGGUCGCCUCCCCCUCUGACGUCCUGAGGCCAGAUUCUCCCACCAAGGUACCACCCCAGCCAUCAAGAUGUCCAGCAAACGUGCCAAAGCCAAGACCACCAAGAAGCGCCCACAGCGCGCCACCUCCAAUGUCUUUGCCAUGUUUGAUCAGUCACAGAUCCAGGAGUUCAAGGAAGCCUUCAACAUGAUCGACCAGAAUCGCGAUGGGUUCAUUGACAAGGAGGAUCUGCAUGACAUGCUGGCUUCCAUGGGAAAGAACCCCACCGACGAGUACCUGGAGGGCAUGAUGAGCGAGGCACCAGGGCCCAUCAACUUCACCAUGUUCCUCACCAUGUUUGGGGAGAAGCUGAAUGGCACCGACCCAGAGGAUGUCAUCCGCAAUGCCUUCGCCUGCUUCGACGAAGAGGCAUCAGGGUUCAUUCACGAGGACCAUCUGCGUGAGCUGCUGACCACCAUGGGAGACAGGUUCACCGAUGAGGAGGUGGAUGAGAUGUACCGGGAGGCGCCCAUCGACAAGAAGGGCAACUUCAACUAUGUGGAGUUCACCCGCAUCCUGAAGCACGGGGCCAAGGACAAAGAUGAUUAGUGCCAAGAGCUGCUCCCUGCCUUCUGCGCACGCUGCCUGCACCCCUGCCCCCUUGCUGCCCAGCCCCACAGCAGGCUUCCCCCCAGCCAGGACGUCACCCUGCUCCAUGUCAUGCCAAUGCUGGCAUGUGGCACUGCACCCUUGCUGGAGGAAGUACUCCCUUCACCGUGCUGUUGCGUGCACAUCCAUCCUCUCCCAUUGCCUCUCCCGCCUGUGGGCUCAGCCCCCAGGACCCAGACAGGCUCCAUCCCCACCAAGCAGCUGCUCUCCCCAUGGAGAAGAGGGGGUCCUGGGGCAAGGGGCGAGCAGCCCAGGUGAGCACUGGCUGGUGGGGAUUUUGGCUGGCUCAAACCAGUGCAGUCCAUGGGACCUGAUACAGAUGGAGCUCUCCCCUUACCUCCCACAAUCCCUUCCUUUAGGAAAGAAAACAAACAAACAAACAAAAAGACACUUUGUUUCCUCUUCUAUGGCUGUUUUAUGGCUUUAGAGCCUGUGAUUUGAGGGAUUCAGAAAGCUGAAGCAGCCUAUAAAAUCUGAUGGUGUAAUACAAAAGUGUGCUGCAUGGCUCCCUCCCUGAUUAGUGCAGCCCUGGUGCCGUGCCGCUCAGAUUUAGGGUUGAAGGCCACUUGUGCCCCUGGCUUCCACACCACAUCCCCCUGCCUCUGCCCUUGUCCACUGGGGUCUCCUCCUGACAACAUCCUCUUUCAAAGCUAAAUCAUUCCCAAUCCGUCUGUGCUAAAUUGGCUUAAGCAUCAUUUUCUGCCUUUGCUGAUGGGAGGAAGGGAGUUGUGCUUUGGGACAGGCAGAGGAAAUUGACUGAGAUACAAGGGAGGAAUCCUCUCCUCUCUGCUCCACUCCUCUCUUCCCCUCUCAAGCACCCAGCAUCAUCCCAUGCUCACUGCCAACACCCCUGUUGAAGCCAGGGCUGCUGAGGCAGCAUGGUCCCUGCACUGCCAGCCCUUCCUCAGCAGUCAGCUUUGUUGUGCUGUUUGUCCCAUUGGUUUGAUUAAUUAACACCAUCCUGACAUAGCAGGAAGGGAUAAGGGGGUUCCUACAUUGCAAAUUUACUGUGCUGCUGGAGGUCACUCCAUCUCCAUCCCUUCAAAGGAUGAGGAGGCAAAUGUGAUGACAAACCCAGAGAGCCUGGUGAGGUGGUGCCCAGGGCACAGCUGCCAGAAGAGCUCAGAUGGGGCUGGUGGUGCCCCAGGAGCACAUGGAGCUGGGGUUGAUGCCCCCUCUCCCCUCUCUCCCCCUCAGCCUGCCAGGCCUGGGGCCAUGUCCUUGCCUGGGACAUGGCCCAUGGUUUGAGAGCUUGUCCUUGGUUCCUGGUGCUUCUGCUUUCCAGGCACUGUCAGUGCAAGGAAGCACAAGCUGUAUUAUCACAGAGAGGGGAGAGGGGAGGCCAAGCUCUCCCAGAGGGGCUUGUGCUCUGCAGCAGCAGCCAGGCACAAGCCUACCUCCGGGCUCAUAGAGCAAAGCUGGGCACUGUUUAUUCCCUAAUGCUUUGCAUACUGGGGAAAAACAUGCAGUCCUUCCACUUCCAAAGCAAAGUCCCAGGCAUGAAGGCUGCUGAAGGGCAGGAUGUUUUUUUAAAAAGCUUCUUCACUGAGCUGUAUGUCAAAGCGAACAUCUCACAGACAUCACGGGGCCAAUGGCUCCGUCCACUCACGGGUCUGAUAUCAGAGCUGACUCUCAGAAGAUAUCCCUCAAUCCUGCUGCCAGCAAAGUAGAGAAACCUUGUUAGUGGACACAGGGCUGUGUAUGGGAAGAAUAAAUCUGUGCUUUGCAAGGUGGCAUCCUGCCUCCCCUGCCCGCUGGAGCUCCUUGCAGGUGGAGCACAUGGAGAUCGGGCUGCUGCGCAAGACUGCAGAGGGCCUUAUGAAACUGCAUGGAGGCACCAAAAGGCAGGUGCUGUUGUGGGUGGAUUGAUGUAAAGUGAAGCACAUGGGGAAGAUCAGCCCCAGCUUCACAGCUGGAAUGCCCCAGCUCCAGGUGUGUCACACUGAGCAGCAGGAGGUGAGGGGCAGCCCCAAGGAAAGGGAAGAGUUCAACAGCUGUUGAAGAAAAUAAAUAAAUAAAUAAAAUUUAAAAAUCACGUACUAGGAAUUACUAGGAAAAUAAGGGAUUCCAAGAGGGAGUGCUGUUUGAUCAUUGUCUCAGUCCCUGUAUCCCCCACACUUUGAGUAUAAAAAAGAUCCAGCCAAACUGGGAACAAUCAGAGGAGAGCACCAGGGAGGUUUGACAUCAAGGAACUUAAUUUACUAAAGCAGAUUGAUUUAAACUAGGUGAAAAAGGAACUAAGGGGCACACAUGUAAUGGGGCUGUGCUGGUUACACAGAGUGGUGCAGAAGUAACUUUUGGAUACUGGAUCAUUCAACCCUUUCCCCUUUGACUGCACCUCCUGUGCUACCUCCUGAGCUUGUGGAUGGGUUUCUAUCAGCAAUGCUCAGAGUCCUUUCUGUGCUUUGUCACCAACACAAGCAGCUGGGGCUGUUCACCUGCUGUGCUGUCAGCUGUGCAUGCCCCAAAUAUUUUUCAUCCACUUUGGUCAAAGCCACUUCAUCCACAGAGGGCAAAAGAAACAUCAGCAAACCUCAACACUAUUUUCUUGUGAAAAGUUCCCAGGCUUUACUCCUAGGGGAUGUUCUCUUU